AGAAUUGGGGAAUGCUCUGAGGACUCCACCUGCUCUGCAGCCAUAGGCCCGUUACUGUCUGGACCAGCCUCAUCGGAAGGACGUUCCUACACAAGAGAGCUCCCAGUCUUCCAGCAUGAACCCUGUUUACAGCCCCGUUCAACCUGGGGCUCCCUACGGAAACCCCAAGAACAUGACGUACACAGGUUAUCCGACRGGAUACCCAACAGCUGCCCCAGCCUACAACCCAAACAUGUAUCCAACCAGCAGCCCCGGCUAUGCCCCAGCUACACUUCUGAUGAAGCAGGCCUGGCCACAGACGUCCUCCUCCUGUGCCACUGAGGGCACCUUCCACCUCCCCGUGGACACUGGGACUGAGAACAGAACCUACCAAGCUUCUUCUGCAGCAUUCAGGUACACCGCGGGGACUCCCUACAAGGUCCCGCCGACCCAGAGCAACAACGCGCCUCCRCCCUACUCUCCGUCUCCGAAUCCGUACCAAACGGCCAUGUACCCCAUCAGAAGUGCCUAUCCCCAGCAGAACCUGUACACCCAGGGCGCUUACUACACCCAGCCCGUGUACGCGGCGCAGCCCCACGUCAUCCAUCACACCACGGUGGUGCARCCCAACAGCAUCCCCUCGGCCAUCUACCCGGCGCCCGUGGCCGCRCCGCGGACCAACGGCGUGGCCAUGGGCAUGGUGGCGGGCACCACCAUGGCCAUGUCGGCAGGAACGCUGCUGACCACACCGCAGCACACCGCGCUGGGCGCCCACCCCGUGUCCGUGCCCACGUACCGUGCCCAGGGCACCCCCGCCUACAGCUACGUGCCGCCGCACUGGUGAACCCAUGCGGCCCCGGACGCGACGACGACGGGGACGAGCGCCGCAGCACCCGCCACCCACCCACCCACCCACCCACACACACACACACGUGCACGCCCGGAGUGCAAGGGUCACUUUGCUGCAUUCUCUAGUGGUUUUUGUAAAAGCUGCUUUUUCUAAUCUCCCGCCUCCCUCCCUCCC